AUGAGGCAAGCAGAUCUCAUCUUCAUCCCAACGCCAGGAAUUGGUCACCUGGUGUCGACCCUUGAAUUCGCAGAGUGCCUAAUUGAUCGUGAUGAUCGACUUUUGAUCACAAUCCUUUCCAUGAAGUUCCCCUUUACUACCCUUGCAGAUGCAUACACCAGAUCAAAAGUAACAUACCCAAUGUCAAUCGUUGUCUCACAAAGAUUGUAUCCUCCAACUCAAACUCAAGCUCAGCCAGAGUUGCCACAUUGGUUCUUGAUAUUGGAGAGCUUGUGGCAUGGCGUACCUAUUUUAACAUGGCCUAUAUAUGCUGAGCAACAGCUCAAUGCAUUUAAGAUGGUGAGAGAGUUGGGAUUAGCAAUGGAGAUGAGGUUGGACUAUAGGAGUGGUGGUGAUCCGGUGAUGGCUGAAGAGAUAGAGAGAGCUGUAAGACGCCUGAUGGAUGGUGAAUGA